AUGUCAACACCAGGAACGUCGCUUACGCUCCGGCCCGCGCCAUCACGUGGCAAGUGUUGUGCGGAGCCGGAUUAUCUUAGUACCGAGUCCAACAGCGAGCCUAAUCGCGGGAGUAUCACCAAUUUCACUGUCGAGCCGUACAUUGCCACCUCGCCUCUCGAGACGCCGCAGCUCGAAGACCUCAGCCUCCGCGACCCCGUCACUCCUGGGAAGCCCCGCGAGCGACACUUUCCCCGGCAACAUCAGCGGGUCCAGCAGCAGCAGCAACCACAGCAACAACAAGAGCAGCAGCCACAGCAGCCUUCAAAGCAAAUCUCUCUUCUUCCGCGGCCGCAACCAAAGGUCUUUACGCCGAACUAUGAUGAAGGCACACAAAGAGUUUUCGCUGGUGCUCAGAAGCACUCAGCUUAUGACUUCGAUUCCGCUGUCGUUUCCAUGUCGAUGGUGGAUGCGCCGAAGUCCGCAAAUGAUGAGAUGCCGGUCAACACCCUAACUUUGCAGCCUGAAACGCGGCAGAUUUCAGAAGACCAGCUGAUCAACGAGGUCCGAACAAUCUAUGCUGGCUUGGUUCUGGUGGAGAAAAAGUGUGUCGAGAUUGAUCGCCAACAAGCCAAAAAUCCUGCCAGCCUCAGUAAUGAACAGUGGCAGGCUCUGAUUGCCCUUCAUAGAACUCUCCUUCAUGAACACCAUGAUUUCUUCCUGGCGUCCCAACAUCCUGCAGCCAGUCCCGCGCUUCAAAAAUUAGCCAGCCGCUACGCCAUGCCCGCACGAAUGUGGAGGCAUGGAAUUCAUUCCUUCCUGGAACUCUUACGACACAGGCUCCCUGAGGCAUUGGACCACAUGCUUGCUUUCAUUUACACUGCAUAUUCCAUGAUGGCCCUUUUGCUUGAGAGUGUACCCAGUUUUGAAGAUACAUGGAUUGAGUGCCUAGGGGAUUUGGCCCGAUAUAGAAUGGCUGUGGAAGAGGCCGAUCUUCGAGAUAGGGAGGUGUGGGCCGGUGUGGCAAGAUACUGGUAUAAUAAAGCUGCUGAUAAGUCUCCCCAAGUAGGGAGAAUUCAACAUCAUCUUGCUGUGCUCGCAAGACCAAAUAUUCUCCAACAGUUGUUCUUUUACUCCAAAUCUUUGAUCUGCGUCCAGCCAUUCCCAAACGCCAAAGAAUCUGUUCUUCUUCUUUUCAAUCCCUUAUUGGAAUCCAAGGAACCCACUCAUCAUUCCCCUGUGAUGUCCUCCUUUGUGAAAGCCCAUGGAAUUCUUUUUGGCAAACGGUCAAUACUCGCCUUCCUUGAGUAUGGACUUGAAUUUAUAUCAUAUCUGAAAACCCAGAUCGGACGCACAGGAUCCAAGUGGAGAGAACAAGGAGUGUACAUCGCUUGUGCAAACUUUGCUUCUCUUCUGGAGUAUGGUGCUGACUCUGUUUUCAUGAAGUUAAUUCAAGAUGCUAUAGACUCCCCUAUUUCCAUUGUUAAUGCUAAGGAUGAUUAUCACUCUGCCUCCUCUGCUUUGUCUUUACGUCCCCUUUCUAGCUUGAUACCCCCUGCAUCGGAUGGCACUGCCAAAUUCGAAAACUCGAACGAAAUUAUCUCGUAUGCCACUUGUUUUACAUUUCAAGUCUUCACGUUUGUCCUGAAGCACAUUGGCGAUAAGAAUGUUCUACCACACGCGCACGUUUCCCUCGCUUUCCUUUGGUCCCUAUCCCGAGUUCCCAAGGCCAUGGCUUAUAUCCAGUCCGAAAUUCCAUGGCAAGCUGUGGCUACCUUUUUAAAUACGUUAAACACGCAGGGUUUGAAUGAAUCCCGCUUGAGAAAUGAGACUUUUCCCGUCCCGGAAAUCGGAAUGCAACGUCAUUUGCCAGAGGAUUUCGCCAUGCGAGGAUCAAUUUGGUGCCAGCUGUACUAUCCAUUGGGUUUCUUUGACGUCUCCUCGCUUGAAGACGAUGAUGAACGAUUUUUGGAACCUCCCAGCGUCACAGUUCCUAGAAGUGAAAGAUGUUUGUGGCUUGGCCAUCGCCUUGCAUCUAUGGAUCGAUGGAUUACUUACGAUGAGAAUCGAAAAGAAUUUGUUGCGAAAGAUAUUUCUUUAGAGCUCCAGAAUAUUUCGAGAGGCACGAAGCUUUUCGAGGAAGCGGCUUCUUUCUUCGAUCACAGAGAUGAAGCUCAAACACCUACUCAACUUCAGGACGCCCUGGGUAGUGAGGACCUUGAUAUCAAGAUGUCGGAUGCUGAACCUGUUCAGGCGGUUGAGCCCGAAUUUCGAAGUCCAGAGGUUACCUGA